GGCGGCUCGGUGGUGACGGUGGCCUAAGUGGCUGAGGAUCUGAACAGUGGCGGGAGCUGUGUUCUUCUUGGGCUGGCAGGGGCUUUGAGGGGUCGGACGUCACCUCAAAGGCGGGGACCCGGCGCUCGGGGAUCCCCUUAGUGACCGCUGUGCGGCGAGCGGGCCGCAGUUCAGGUUUUCAGACAUCUCCGGAAGAGGAGCAUCCUUCACUCUGAGCCGACGGUAGAGUGGACCAUCCAUGCCUCUCCUAACGCAGUACAAUGAGCAUGAGGACGAACAGUACUGCUUAGUGGCCAGCCUUGACAACGUUAGGAAUCUCUCCACUGUCUUGAAAGCCAUUCAUUUCAAAGAACACGCCACGUGUUUUGCUACUAAAAACGGGAUCAAGGUUACAGUGGAGAAUGCGAAGUGUGUGCAAGCAAAUGCCUUUAUUCAGGCUGACGUGUUUCAAGAAUUUAUCAUUCAAGAAGAGUCUGUUACUUUUCGAAUCAACUUAACUAUCCUUUUAGACUGUUUAUCUAUUUUUGGAUCAAGUCCUACACCAGGGACUUUAACUGCACUUCGGAUGUGUUACCAAGGUUAUGGUCACCCACUGAUGCUAUUUCUAGAAGAAGGAGGAGUAGUGACAGUCUGCAAAAUUACCACUCAAGAGCCUGAGGAGACACUAGAUUUUGAUUUCUGCAGCACCAAUGUUAUGAAUAAAAUUAUCCUCCAGUCAGAGGGGCUCCGGGAAGCCUUCUCUGAGUUGGACAUGACAGGUGAUGUCCUACAGAUCACUGUGUCUCCUGACAAGCCCUAUUUCAGGUUGUCUACUUUUGGAAAUGCAGGAAACUCUCAUCUUGACUAUCCCAAAGAUUCUGACUUGGUGGAAGCAUUUCACUGUAAUAAGACCCAGGUCAACAGAUACAAACUGUCCUUACUGAAACCCUCUACGAAGGCAUUAGCUUUAUCUUGUAAAGUAUCUAUUCGGAUGGAUAAUCGAGGAUUCCUCUCAUUACAGUACAUGAUUAGAAAUGAAGAUGGGCAGAUAUGUUUUGUGGAAUAUUACUGCUGCCCUGAUGAAGAAGUCCCUGAGUCUUGAAUAAUUCACUGUGAAUAUUUGUGUCUUUAUAAUUGGUGUUCUCACUCUGUCUCAUCUUGAUGAUUUCAUAUUGGCUUGUGUAUGGCAGAUUCAUGGUGAAGAUAGGAACAAGGUCCCAUUCUGUAAAUAGUUUUUUGUCAAUAAAUUUUUCAUAUAGCCCUAAAUUAUAUGGCUGAUUGUA